UUUCAAGCAGUUUAUUUAUAGUUUACUUAUUGCAAAAUCUAAAUUUCAGACAAAAUGUUAGGUAGAUGCAGCAAGCAGUUUCAUAACAAGUUCAAAGAUUUAGUAAAAUAUGUUUUGAAACCGAUCCGACAAUAUGCUGCUGAAGCCACGGUACCAAUUUCUCCCCCAGAAGUUCACUGUUUUGACGCAAGCAAAAUUCCAACUGAAGUAAAAAUCACAAAGGCACAAGCUCUAGAAUUAUACGAGAACAUGGUCCUCAUACGGCGCAUGGAGACAGAGAUAGCCAGUCUGUAUAAAGAGAAGAAGGUGUUUGGGUUCUGCCAUCUCUACGCUGGUACGGAGGCGGUGGGCACGGGCAUAGUGGCGAAUAUGAAGCCGGAUGAUAAUCUUAUCACUUCUUACAGAUGCCAUGCAUUCGCCAUGAUGUUCCAAAACAGGCAGAAGAAGAACGGACCGUAUACCGUGAUGUCCGAACUUAUGGGCAAAGCCGACGGGAUAUCGGCCGGCAAGGGAGGUUCCAUGCAUAUUUACGUCCCGCCGUAUUUUUAUGGCGGCCAGGGAAUAGUGGGCGGACAGGUGCCACUCGGCAUCGGACUGGGUUUUGGACAUAUGUACUCCGAUGACGGGGGCGUAGCUUUCGCCUUAUACGGCGACGGGGCCUCCAAUCAGGGACAGGUAUACGAGUCGUUCAAUAUGGCGGCACUCCUCAAACUACCAGUUGUCUUCGUAUGCGAGAACAAUCUAUACGGUAUGGGCACCGCGGCCAAGAGGUCUUCAUCCAGCCUGGAGUACUACAAGGCGGGCAGGGUCAUCCCCGGGAUCAAGGCGGAUGGCAUGGACGUGAUUACUACUAGGGAGAUAGCCAAAGUAGCGAGCGACUACAGUCGCGCCGGUAACGGCCCUAUACUCCUCCAAUUCGAAUGCUACCGCUAUUACGGACACUCCAUGUCAGACCCGGGCACGAGUUACCGCACCCGCGAGGAGGUACAACACGUCCGGCAGUCUAGGGACCCCUUAAACCAUCUCAAGGCCACGCUCACGGACACACAACUCGCGACUGAUGAAGAGAUUGAGGAAAUUAACAAGAAAGCAAAGAAACUAUGCGCAGAAGCAAAGAAAGCUGCGGAUGCGGCCCCCGUGCCGGACGUAAAAGAGCUGUACACAGAUCUCUAUGUGAAAUAUCUCGAGGAACCCAGGAGAAGGACCUGCGUUGGGUGA